AUGGAUAUCAAUUCGCUACUCUCACCGCAGCAGGAGUCUGCGGGCAACUCGAGGCAGUCAACUCCCUCGGCGCACACUCCCUCUUCCGCCUCCCCAUCCGCGCCACCGUCCAUUUCCCCCCAUAAGAACAUCCGGAGAGCUCGCUCGGGCUCUGCCAGACAUGGUAUGACUUCCUCUCCGCUUGCGCAACAUGUCUUUGCGUCCUCCCGUCUCCCGGAACCGUCGCCACCCACGACGAGUCCCACAAAUGGUACAAGCCUAGGGGGAGGAAACGGCACGCCGCCAGCAAACGACCUGCCGUCGUCCCGGCAGCCGUCAACCCACGGCAUGGAUACCCUCGCCGAUUUAGCGUCGAUGCAGCAUCAUCAGCCCCAGCGCUCCAAUGCCCCGCUCCUGCGGAGCACCGAGUCGUACGAGAGCCAGCUCUCCCCAUCCACCAUGUAUCCCCAUGUCAAUCCCAUCUCCCAAAACUCAUCCACGUCGCGUCCUUUCGAGAUCGCCUUGCCCGAACACCGAGAACCUGUGAAGCGAGAUUACUCCAAUUCCUCCCUCUCCCCAGACGCCCAGGCUUCAGCCACGAAGCUGUUUGCCCACAUCCAAGAGAAUCCACAUGCCUACGAGUCGCACGUUCAGUUCAUCCAAUUACUCCAUGCUGGGUUUGUCAAUCACGUCUAUCCGCCGGAUGCCCCGGACGCCCACGGUGACCCGCGAAAGUACGAUUUGCUCCAGGAUCUGAGAAGCGCGCGUGAGGAGAUGGACCGGCUCUUUGCACUGGGCGAGGAUCUCUGGGCGGACUGGAUUCAAGAUGAGAGCAUGCUCGCGCAGACGGUCGAGGAAAGGAUCGCCGUGAUGGAGCUCUGUCGGAGGGCUGUCGAGGAAGAAUACGGGAGUACGAAGCUCUGGACCAUCUUUGGAGAGUGGAUGCUCUACCUGUACAGUGCAGCCUCGGGCGAGUCCAGCCAGAGUCAAUGGAGCGAGGAGGAUCGUUUGGUCGGACGGGAAGUCUUCAGUUGGCAGUCGGUCCUGGAUGUCUGGCAGCGAGGAGCAGAGGCGACCCGGUGGAGGAUCAACGACAGCCACCGCGUGUGGAAUCGAUACCUCGAGCUGUCCAUGCAGGAUCUGGCCCGCGCGCCCUCCGCAGAUCGAGUGGCCCAGGUUCGGGGCUUGUUCGAGAAUCGCCUCCAGACACCGCAUGCCGCCUGGGAUGAGACGUUCCAGCUGUUUUCCGGCUUUGUCUCCACGUACUACAACGCCAACUACGAAGAUAUCAUGGCCGAUACAGUAGCCCGCGCAUCCGAGGCCAAAUCGAAAUACAGCGCCCGGGAGGAGUUCGAGAUGAGGCUUCAACGGGCCGCCGAAACGGGUGACCGCAAUCUGGAAUGGACCACCUUCUCCGAGUAUAUCGAAUGGGAGUCUAGCCGUCACCCUCGGAAGCGGCUGUUCAGUCCUGAUCUCGUCAAUGCUGUCUACCAGAGGGCGAUUCUCCGAUUCCCGACCGAUGUGAAUCUGUGGGAAGACUAUGUCACGUUCCUGAUCGGUGACUCCACCCAUCAGCUGGCCACUACGUCCAUUUUACCGACGCUCGAACGAGCGACCCGGCAUUGUCCCUGGUCGGGCUCCUUGUGGUCGCAGUAUCUCCUGAGCGCGGAACGCGAAGGCUGGUCGUUUGACAAAAUCGUGGAGCUCAAACACAAAGCCACCAGCACCGGACUCCUGGACGCGGGUGGCCUGGAAGAAGUGAUCAAGGUUCACACGAUGUGGUGCAGCUAUCUCCGCCGGCGUGCCUUCAUGCCCGACUCGACGGAUGAGGAUCUCGAUGUGGCCGAAGUGGGCAUCCGAUCCGCGAUCGAGAGCGUGCAAGAACUGGGAGAAAAGAAGUACGGCAAGUCGUACCAAGGCGACCCGCUGUUCCGCUUGGAGCGCAUCUACAUUCGGUACUUGAGUGAAAGUGGCAGCUGGGAUAGCGCCCGGGAACAUUUCAAGGGGCUGGUCCCGCGUCGGGGCAAUAGCUACGAAUUUUGGCUGGCCUAUUACUUCUGGGAACUGGUUUCCUGGAGUAAGUUUGUCCAGGGCGAGCCUACUGCGCAUGCCGCCAGGAGAACACCGAACCCCAGCUACGCAACUGCCGUGCUGAAACAGGCCAUUAAGAGGACGGAUCUGGACUGGCCGGAGAAGAUCAUGACCACCUACAUUUCUCACUGCGAGGAUUACGAAGAUUCGGAUGAGCUACAAUUGGCCCUCAUUGAGACGCGCAAGGCCAUGAAAGCCAUUGCGCGGAGACGCGAAAGGGAGGCCAUGGAGGCCGCCGCCGCACAACAACAACAACAACAACAACAAGCCGCAGCGGCGGCGGAACCGGACACCCAACUACCUGAGAAUGUCAAUGCGGUGUCGAAACGGAAGCGUGAGGAGGAAACUGUGGACCUCAACGGAGUGCCUAGCAAGAAGGCUCGUCCUGAAGAACCUCCUCCGGAACAAGCCCCGCCCGCUCCGCCCAAGAGAGAUCGGGAGAAUGCGACCGUUUUCGUCAGGAACCUGCCCCAGGACAUCAGUGAAGUGAGGAUUCGACAGUUCUUCCGCGAUUGUGGGACAAUCAACAGUCUGAAACUGUUGCCUCCGGAGAAUGACUCGCUGUCGGCGGUGGUCGAGUUUGACAACAAGGACGACGCUCUGGCGGCUCUGACCCGUGAUCAGAAGGAGCUCGAAGGCCGCACCAUUGAGGUGCAGCUUGGUAGCGGAUCGACCUUGUUUGUUACCAACUUCCCUCCCACCGCAGACGAGGCCUAUAUUCGAAAUCUUUUCCGUGAGAUGGAUGCUGACUCCUCGCGACAGUUCGGUGAGGUCGUCGAUGUGCGGUUUCCUUCGCUCAAAUACAACACCCAUCGUCGAUUCUGCUACGUGCAAUUCAAGUCGGCCAGCGAGGCACAGGCGGCGACUAAGCUGGACGGUACAACUGUGGGCGAUGGUUUGCACUUGGUUGCCAAGAUCUCCGACCCAUCCAAGAAGCAAGAGCGCCAUGGUCCGGUCCACGAGGGACGGGAAAUUCACGUUUCGAACCUCGACUGGAAAGCUACUGAAAAUGAUCUCAAAGAACUUUUCUCCAAGUAUGGCCGGGUCGAGGUGGCACGCAUUCCCACGAAGGUUGACGGCGGCAGCAAAGGUUUUGGCUUUGUCGUGUUCUCCUCGAAGGAGGAGGCCAAUGCUGCGCUCGAAAUGGACCAAAAGGAAUUCCGUUCACGGCCACUGCAUGUGAAACUGUCCACGCCCACUGGAGUUAAGCGCAUGUCGACGACCAUCGUAUCUCGUGUUGCCAAAUCUCCGUCUGUCGAACCCAAUGGCACAACUGGCCAAUCGUCGACACCUGAAGUUGAGCAAAUAGAGGGGGACCGUGCGGCGCGGACCCUGGGGCUGAUGAACAUUCCCGACACCGUCAACGACGCCCGUAUCCGAUCCCUGGUCGAGCCUUAUGGCAAGUUGAUCAAAAUCAUCCUGCGGCCGGAUCAUCAAGGUGCCAUUGUCGAGUUUGCCGAUGUGCACGACGCUGGACGGGCCUCACUGGAGUUGGAAGGUCAUGAGAUUGCUCCUGGUCGCAAAAUUCACGUGGGCAGCGUGAACGAGAUGCUGAAGCAGAGUGCGGAACGCAAAGUGGAUCGUAUACAGAUUGGCAAGCAGAAGGAGAAGAAGACGACGGUGAUGCUUCAACCUGCCGGCCCAAUCAAGCGACCGGCGCAGCCAGGCGCCCGUGGCAGCGGCCGGAGAGGCGGGCUUGGAGUGAAGCGUGGCGGGGGGCCCGCGACUACGCAUCGAGAAGAACCGAAAGAGGCCCAGAGCACGGAUGGUCCAUCUGGCGCCCGGGCUGCCACUCCUGCUGAGGGAGAGAAGACGAAAAAGAGCAACGAGGAUUUCCGCGCGAUGAUCCAGGGAAAUGGGCAAUAA